CUUCCCCCUCUCAGCUCCUCGGAGGCCAUCUGGGGACUCGGGUCCGACUCUGUGGCGACUGUACUCCGGAGAGCUGCUCCAACUUUGUUCGGAGUCAGAGGCAGAUUACAGGCGGGGACUUCCCGGUGCGGUUUCCCGGCUCUUCCUGGUGGACGUGUGCAACAGGAGGUGACUGACUGAGCGGACAUUUAGCGGAGCUGAAACUUUUUUCCACCUUUGGAGACAGUUUGGAGGAGAAGUACAAAAAAAUGGCAGACAGCGAGCAGCACGUCUCUUCCACCACUCCUCUGUUUAAUGACGAGGUGCACCAUUACGAGGCCGAACCGGACCCCGAGCCCGGACAGAACCUCUACAACGUGGAUGACGACAUUGUGGACCUUGUUGGCGGGGCUAAGGACGCCUUGGAGCGGCACAAAGCUGAAGACAGCGCUCCUGACGACUUCACACAAACUUCCCUCUCUGAUUCGGAGGAGACGGUAACGUUACCGGAGUCAGCCCCCGCACCAGCGGUCCCAGACACCACCAGCCCAACUUUUGACCCCGAAGAGCCCGAAGCGAUCGCUCCCAAAGCCAAACCUGUGAGUACAAAGAUCGCACCGGAGCCACAGGCUGCCCCCGAGCCAGAACCUGCCCCCGAGAGCGACGCCCUCCCAGCGGCUGAACCCCGGAAAGCAGCGCCAUCCCCCGCAGAGGUAGCAGAGCGGUCUGCGCUGACGGAGGAACCAGCGGCUCCCACGUCUUAUGCACCUUCUUCUUCUAAAGCUCAGCCUCAUCCUCUGAUGCAAUUCCCUACAGCACUUGGGCAGAAGGGUGAUUCCCCUGCUCCCAUCUCUCCCAUCUCCCCUCUCCACUCCCCCGACUCGCUGGAAGAGCGCUCUUUGACCGAGAGUCCCAACCAGCCCCCUGCUUCAGGAUAUGCUGCGCCCCUGGGCUCCUUCUCCACUGAACCCCCCACUGCUCUUUCCAAGGACAUGCAUUGGAAGGGUGAAGAGGGUGACUCUGGACCGGGCAGUAGUAAGAAUCAGGAAGACCCUCUAGGUCCAUUAGCUGGUCCUUACCUGAGUUUAGGGAAAGACCCAGGGCCUCAUAAUCCGUGCGAAGACAGCGGCAUUUCCUUUUCACCCGAGGAGAAGCUGAUUAGCUCAGACAGGUCUUCCACUGGCCCCUCCCCCGUGCACCCCCAGAUGAUGGUCCCUGAGUCUCACGUUGCCUCCUCUAACCCAACAGAGCUCUGGGAUUCACCAUACCUAGCUUCUCAAGACAACACCAAGGCCUCAAUGGAUUCCUUCCCCAAGGACACAGCCUCCAUUAGCCCCUCCAGUUAUGAGCCAGACCUGCACGGCAACCAGUCUGAUGAAGAUGAUGACUUGAUGUAUGAGGUGAAGAAGAAUAAUAACCCAUUCGAUGGCUUUUCCCCACUUGCGGACAGUGGCUACUCACAUUUUGGAGACUCCAAGUCGGACAGCAGAGCAUCUAAAAUGUCCGAUAGUCCCACUCCGGAUCUGGUCCAGUAUGGGCAGACUGGAGAAUCCCAGGACAACCCAUCAUCUUUCUUAGAUGAGGGAAAAACAUUUGAGACCGGAAAGAUGACCGCUGACUCACUCACGCAGUCAAUUAAUCAAUUCUCCUCUGGUCUCAAAGAUGAUGAUGAAGAGGAAGAGGAGGAUUCUGCUCUGCCACCAUCACUUCCAGACAUCCUGAAAUCUUCCCCACUCAACCCUGACAAACUAGACUCUGGCUCCUCUGAGGGAAGUCCGGAGGAGCAGAGCCCCAUCCUCGAACGGAGGAUGAUGGAGUCACCCAACCCUCCGAUCAACCUGUCUGCUAACAACCCCUUUGCUUUUGAGGCUAAAGUUUCCCUGCUGAAGGAGAUGGCUGAGGAGAUGGAGGGGAGAUCUGCAGAGAAAGAAAAAGUUGAAGAUGACAAAACCUUUGGCGCAUUUGACCUUGUCAAAGAGGCCGAGGAAACGACCCCGACUAAAGUUAAAGAAGAGGAACCUGUCAAGAUUGAGCAGAAAGACUGGUUCUCGAGCCACGAUUCUCCCAAAAUGAUCGAAAGGUUUGAGCCACUCGACUUCCAGAACAAGAAGACCCCUGCUGAGGAUUCGGAUUCUGAGUCUCCAACAGCAGACUCCCUCUCUCCAGUCCUGGAAGCGAUGGCAAAGAACCCCGCCAGCUUCCAGGUAGAAACUGACAAGAAGGACCUGAAGAUGGAGUUGGAGGAGCCGGAGGUGGCUGAGGAGGUCUCUGAGCACGAAGUCUCCUCUGAGGAGUUUGAAUUCAUCGAAAGGCCACCCAGAGGUGUUAUUGACGAGUUUCUCGAAGCUCUGGAUACUUCCAAAUUUGCUGCCUCCAAGCCCCCAGAGAUCCCAUUGGAUGACGAUCUAAGCUUUGGGCAAAAGGAUCCUGCCACAGAAGUAGCCCCACCCCCAGAGGUUGAAGAAGAGCCUCCAAGUCAGAGCUCCUACCGCCUCCUCACCCAGGCGUCCCCCCAGAAGAGCAAGGCCGAGCUGGAGAAGCUCGACAUUCAGCAGCCCCCAUCCCAAGCUCCCAUCACUCAUUCCCCCGUUCACAAACCAGAGGAGCUGGCCGCUAAGAAGAGCGCCGAGGGGGGCAAACGGUUUAAGAUGCCAAACCUGAACAUAAGAGCAGUGGUGGAUCUCCUGUACUGGCGCGAUGUGAAGACCACGGGCGUGGUGUUCGGCGCCGCCCUGCUGCUGCUGCUCUCCCUGACGGUGUGCAGCAUCGUGAGCGUGUGCUCCUACAUCUGCCUGGCCCUGCUCUCAGUCACAAUCUGCUUCAGGAUAUACAAAGGCAUCCUGCAGGCCAUCCAGAAGUCAGAUGAGGGACACCCAUUCAAGCAGUACCUGGACCAGGAGGUGGCGCUGUCCGAGGACAUGGUCCACAAGUACAGCGACUUGGUUCUGGCCAAGCUCAACAAGACCAUCGGUGAACUGAGACGUCUGUUCCUGGUCGAGGACCUGGUCGACUCCAUCAAGUUUGCUGUGUUGAUGUGGAUCCUGACCUACGUCGGCGCCUUGUUCACCGGGCUCACUCUCCUUAUUCUGGGUCUGAUUGCAGUGUUCAGCUGCCCGAUCGUCUACGAGAAGCACCAGACUCAGAUCGACCAUUACCUGGCUCUGGUCAACAAUCAGAUCAAAGACGUGGUUGGAAAGAUCCAGGCGAAGGUGCCCGGGAUGAAACGCAAGACAGAGUGAAGUAACAGGAAGUGGGAGUUUGGAUUGAGGAAGUCCUGAGCCGGAUGGUUUGAUUGAAGGAUGGGGGUGUGUGGGUGGGUGAGGGAGGCGGGGGUGGAUAUGAAGGAAGGCUGGAGGAGGAGGGGUUUGGCGUGGACGCAGCCCUUCUAACUGCAUUUGUCAAAAUAAUAAAACAUUUUUUCCAGUUCAGAAUUCCUUUUAUUAUUUUUGUUUCCUGGGAAAGUUUCAGCCACUCCGAGGUCGCUCGAUGAGUUUUCACUUCCCUCCUUUUUGUUUUUUCCUCCUGUUAUAAAAUCAGUCUUUGAAACGUUUUUCUCAAACACAUUUGAAUCUCGGACGAACCCUCGCUCCCUCCACCCGGUGCAUUGUGGGAGCUCCUCCAGCCGGGUUCGGGGGAUUUUUGUAUUUUUUUUCUCCUGUCGUUGUGAUUUAGAUUUUUUUUGAGCUGAAAGGCUUCUUUUCUGUCUUUUUGGCGGCCGCUGCGGGCGAUGAGCACGAGCAGCCGGCGGCGCCUCUUGUUUUUUUUGUUUUUUUUGCUCUGAUAUUCUCGCUGAUUUUAGGCGUAUUUUUGUGAUUUCCUGUCGUGUCCCUGAAGCUCGGAGCCCGUUCCUCAGUAUGCUGGUUUCGCCUCGAUGUGACGAACGACGUCUUUGACUCCUGAUGAGGCAGCGGGGGGUGGGGUGGGGGGUGGGGGUUGUACUACCUUUUAAAAUCUUCAUCGCUUCUGAGUAACUCUAGUUAGAAACAUCUAGAAAACUUCGCCAGAUGAUUAAAACACAUGAAUUACAUCAAAGUCGUUAUUUCCAUGUCAUUGCAGCCGUCUCGUAGUGAAAAACUCUGGAAGGAACGUUUACAUUCAUCCACAUCAGAAAAUAUUUAAAAAGUAUAAAAAAAAACCUUCAUGGGAUUUAAAGAAAAUAGAUAAUCAUUCUGUCUGUGGAGCCGAUAUCUUAAUAAAGUUGCAACCUGCUGUGACUUUUGGGAAACCUUCAAGCAUCUGUUUGUUAUGCAAGUAUAAUUGUGAAUGAUAAACUUCAUACUUCAAUUGUGACGAUAAAAAGCUCCCAGCUGGGAGCCGUGUUUGUGGAAUGCAUUGUGAGAUGUAAACAAUUAUCAAUAAAGCUUCUAGAUGAAA